AUGGGGACAGUGGGGAUCACCAGGAGGUCCGCGGUGACACAAGGAGGUCAAGUUACAAAUUUGAAUGCAAAAUCAGUAGAUGGUGGAGUCGAUUAUUUUUUAUCUUCAACUCGUUUUGCUAUUGAAAUGGUGUGUGCAAAGCAAACGGAAAGGGAAAAAAGGAAAAAUUGUUUAAAAAUGAUUGCGAAUUUAGCACUCGAAUUACAAUACAAUGGAAUGCCUCAAUUACUUUUUUCAUUAAUUGGAUUUUGUUCUGAGAUCGAUGUCGCUUUGGCUGAUCGUAAUGCAUCGGUUAGAAAUGCAGCAGUUUUAAAAUUAAUUAACUUGGAUCUUAUGUCUCUUUCGGUUACUCAGCGCAUGGAUAUAGUUCGAUUACUGGUCUUCAACAAAGAUUCUGGUUGCAAAAUGCUAAACACUCGUCUUUUUGAUAAAUGGUUAACGAUGGCUAAUCAUGCGGAUGAUAGUGCUUCCAAAAAGGAGCCACAGAAAUUGUCACCUUUGAAAUUACUUUAUUUUUUGGAACCAGUUGAAGAAGAAGAGGUUAGUCGCAGGUUUAUGAAUCAGUUGCUUACUCAUUGUCGUGAACUUAUGUUGUUGACCAAAGUUCAUCUUUACAAAUUUGUGAAAGUCAUCAUUGGUCAAGGCGAUUGUUUUGUUGUUUGUAGCCAGAAUUAUAAAGAGUUAUUAAAUAAGAACAGCUUGUCUCCUUUUGAACGCGCGAAUGCUAUUUUUUUUUGGCAAUGCUUGCUGGAGUUUUGUCAGUUGAACUCUUGCACUGAAGCUGAUUGGUUUGAAUGUAAAUACCUACUUUUACCUACUCUGCGUACCUUUUGCGAAUUCAUUCAUAAGUUUUUACCUUUGGAAGCUUUGAACAAUAUUUCUGAUUUUAUAAGCUACAUAAUGCAUCGUUCAAUCAAUCCGAAUGCAACAGUUUUGUCGGCUAACAAUACUAUAUCAUUAGUUAACGAUUAUAAUACACUAGAAACUGAUCCAAAUGAGAUUGAAAAAGGCCUUCUUUGUCAAAAUCUGAAGUGUCGAAUGCUGGCUUUGGAAGCAAUGGGCUUAUUGGCUGUGCACGAUCGACGUAUAGCUUUCGAAAAAACGAUCCUUAUAAAAGACGCUCUUAAACUUGAUGAAGGAUUAAAGGUGACUUUAUUAGAUGUGCUCUGCAAUAUAUCUCUAGUACAUGGUUAUAAAAAUGUAUCUAAUUGGUUUAUAGGUAAUAUUAGUUUCAGCCAUCCAGAAAACGAACUAAUCAAAGUAUUUGUCGAUAAUUCAGAAAACAGGGAUCCCGAAGUUCGCUUCACUGCUUGUUUGUCUUUAUGCAAACUCAUGAUCCAUGAAGUAAACCUGUCUUGGUCUAAAAUAUUUGCUGAACUUAUGCUGAAGGCUUUUCAGCUAUGCAAAAAAGAAGAUUUUAAGAUAAGAAAUUGUAUUAUUACUUUUCUUUCGAUUUUCGCAGAAACUAGCAGUGAUCAUCAAGCAAUGCUGAAACAUUCUGCGCAAUUAGUAUUAUGCGAAAAAAUUGUCGAGUUAAUUUUGCAUGAUCCAGAUGACAUUUUCAUGGGAGUUUAUUGUAAAAUGGCAUCAGAAAUGACUCUUUUCCAUGAUUUGAGAAAAAAAAAAGAAAGAAAUAUAUGGAUCGCUUUAGCCAAGAGACUGCGAGAUAGAAUUAAACAGCUGAAAUCUGCCAAAAAGAUCAUAUUGCCUAAUAAAGGAACUGAUGAAUUAGUUGUCCUAACUUCUAAUCUGUCGUUGAACACUUCACGAAUUAAUCUCAAAGAAAAUGUUAAAUCAUCGCAAAAAGUCAAAAAAAUACCUCUAUUGUCGAAUUCACAAAAUAAGAAAAUAUCGUCAAAAGACAAUUGUCUUCGAGUUAUAAAUUUAUUGCAACAAACAGACAUGAAUUUUGAUGAAAAUGCAGUCGUUGCUGCUGACACACCAAAGCAACGUCCAUUUCUUCCAAGAAAUGCGAAGAUCUCAUCAUUGCCUCACUUUUAA